AUUCAAAAUUCAUUAAAAACAAAUUUCGAAAACCGAAAUUUAUAAGUGGCGCAGUCAUUCGGAUUAGUGCGGUCGCGAGUUUUACGCAAAGUGCGAUAAAAGUUCCGGCUAAGUACUUCAGUACCUCAGCACUAGACCUACGUAAUCAACGAGGGACAGGACUUCAAAUAGCUAUGGCCUACAAUUUUCGAAGUCGCACGAUUCGGCAAGAGCUCCUCGAUGAGAUGCAAGAAGUUCCUUCCGAGGAUGAAGAAGCUCAAGGGAGCGGAGAGAGUGAAAAUGAAGGAGUUUCUGAGCAUGAAUCGGAAUAUUCCUACGCUACGGAUGCGUCCUCGGAAUUGGAUUCGGACAUGGAAGAUGCCACUUUGGACAAGCGUCUUUUGGAGGCUAGGGCCCGGGGACGGCCGACCUCAACUUUGAAAGGCAAAGAUGGCUUCAAAUGGAAUACAAGAGCUCCUGAGCGUCGUUCUGAUCGAGUAAGCGAUGUUUUACCUGCUCAUGUACCUGGACCUAAUGGUGAUGCGAAAAAUCUUGAUUCUAUUGAAAAGUUUUGGGAUAUUCUUUUCAACGAUGAAAUGAUUGAUAUAAUGGUGGAGCAUACAAAUAAAAAGAAGAAAUCUGUUUGAAGUUGGUUGUCGAAGACAAAGCAGAGAGCUAUCAUCACUUGACUGAUCGUGAUAAGAUUAGAGCAUAUAUUGGUGUCUUAUACUAUCAAGGACUUUGGAAAUCUGCCGAUGUAGAUAAUGACAGACUUUGGGAUAAAAAAAAUGGCAUAACGCUCUACAGAUGCGUUUUCCCAAGGUUGAGAUAUACAUUUCUAGGAUCUUGUUUGCGGUUUGACGACAAGAAGUUGCGAGAUGAGAAUGAUAGAUUUUCUGCAGUUCGUCAAAUAUGGGAUAUAUUCAUGAUGAAUUGUCAACAGUAUUAUAAACCGAGCAAUAAAUGCACUGUUGACGAACAGUUGUUGAGUUUUCGAGGCAGAUGUGUGUUUCGUAUGUACAUGAAGGAUAAGCCAGAUAAAUAUGGAUUGAAAAUAGUUACCCUAAACGAUGCAGACACCUCAUAUUUGGUAAAUAUACUUUCAUAUUUCGUCUUCGUUUUGAGAAAGCAAUAAAGCAGUUUUUUAGGAUCAAUAUAAUUUUUUUCAGAUUUACGGAGUACCUUAUUUAGGCAAGGGAUCUGCUGUCGUGCGAGAAGAAAAGAUCCACGAGUACUUUUUCCGUGUCGUUACUACUCCUAUCCAUGGCUCUCAUCGUACCGUAACUUGUGACGAUUGAUUCAUGUCGGUACCUCUAGUCCAGCGUAUGCUGCCUGCACCAUACCACAUGACAAUUACUGGAACGAUGAGAAAGAAUAAGAAAGAGAUUCCAGCUGAUAUGAGAGUCACCGCCAGAGUCUAAGUUCUGCCACACAGAUAAUCUUACGCUGGUCAGCUUUACGCCAAAGAAAAAUAAAAUCGUAUCGCUACUCUCUUCAUAUUUGCGCACAACAGAAGUUAUAGAUAGUAAGCCUAAAAUUAUUCAUCACUAUAACGAAACAAAAGGAGGAACAGACAAUGAGAAUUUUUUACGGCAUGCUUGACCAGGCUGCAGUGAAUUCUCGCAUUCUAUUGAAGUGCAAACUCAAAGCUGACAAUUCCAAUGACAAGUGUACUGCCAUAAGUUGCCUUGAGAAACUUUCAUUGUACCUGAUCAGACCGCAUUUGUUGAAAAAGUACAACGACACGGUCACUUUGCGCCGUGAUUUGAAACUCGGCACUGCCGGGAUUCUGGGCUUAGACGUUCACAAAGAAGGAGGAGGUGAACGAGUGAAAUUCCCGAAGAGACCGAGAUGUGCAGACUGCUCGCGAAAAAGCGACAAGAAAACAAAUGAAGGUUGUGCAAAUUGUGAGCGACCGAUCUGUGAUGAUCACCGUUUAAUGUUCUGUAGAACAUGUGCUGGAAUGUAAUGAAUAAUUUUUCUGUUGGUAAAGUUAUAAUAAAGUGUAUUUUUCGAUUAA